AAUCGACCCUCUCUUAAUUGUUAAUCGUCGUUUUUACUUGGAGUAAUGUUGUCAUCGCAAAUUCUGAAUGUCUUUAAAGUAUUUUAUUCAUUUUUUUCCAAUUUUUGCAUAAUUAUUUCAUGGGCAAUAUGCAACACUCAUACACAUAAAAGCCAAAUAUUUUUUUACGUUUUGUGAAUGAACCUUAUACCCCAUGUUUAGCAGAUCGUACUGUAAUUAGUACAAUAUAUUCCCUAUGUAGUCUAUUUUGAUGCUUAACCUUUUUAUCCACAUCCCAACGACUCCACCUACUGAUCAGUCGGCUGCCUGACGGUUUCUUAGCCAUGUCGUGUGGAUGGGUCUUGGAUUGAUUGUGUCGCCUGUCUGCCUCUGCAGCUGAGAGUUUCGUCUCUGCAGCCGGGAAUGGGCUGAAGACACUGGUCCCGCUAUGAACCUGGACCGUGCCUUGAGUCCUGGCUCGGCGACAGGUGCGAUGACCGUGGUCUCCCCGGCUGUGGUCAAUCCAAUCCCAGCAGCUGGGUACGAUCUCGCUGCCAUCCGGCACCUUCAGGCGGAGGCGUCUGCGGGGCUCAGCGACAGUGCAGCCGCGGAGGGAGCAACUGUCAGCGGCCUCAGCAGCGCUGCAGAUGACGGGGACAGGAGCUCUGCACCUGCCGCCUUCGUUGAUGGCGUUCCUGUCACAGUGUCGGUGCAAAACGUUGACGGUCAGCAGAGGAUAGUCUGUGUGGCGACAGAUUCCAGUGGCAGCACUGUGUCAUACGUAGGGCAGCUCAACUCGGAGGCAAAUCUUGAACUCCAGGCACAGGUGCCUUCUCAGCCUCUUACAUCAGAGGAUGGCAUGACCCUCUUGUCCUCUGGAGGUCAGCUGGUUCCCAUCCACCCUUUAAUGUCAGCACUGCAGCCCCUGCACAAUAUCAUCCUUGACGAACAGCAAGAAGCAAAGGAUCCUGACACUGAGGAGCCAAAGUCCAAAAAGAGGAAAGGAGGCUGGCCAAAGGGAAAGAAGAGAAAACCCCCAAAGGAAUAUCCAGCCCCACGGGCACCGACCACGGGGUACGUGAUAUUUGUCAAUGAAAAGAAGGUUCAGCUGAAGAUGGAUCACCCUGACCUUCCCUUUACUGAGAUCACUAAAAUGCUGGGUGUCCAGUGGUCUCAGCUGUCCAUGGAGGAGAAGCAGAGAUACAACAAUGCUGCUGACAGAGACAAACAGCGGUACGUUAGAGAGCUGAAGGCCUAUCAGAACUCUGAAGCUUACAAGGCUUUUCUUAAAAGGAAAACCUUGAAUAAAGUGAAGGAUGUCUGUGGAAUUGAGUGCGUUGAUUCCGAGUUUGAAAAUGAAGUUUUUGCUCUGUCCCAACUGGAUGGGGACGAGAACGGUGACUUGUUCUGUAGGACCUGUAAUCAGUACUUCAGCUCUCUUCAUAACAAGAAGGAGCACCUCAUGGGGAAGCAGCACCUGCAGAACCUGACAGAGGAGUUUGAGAAGGAGACAUUGGGGUUCUGCAAAGAGCAGGAGGAGGAACUGGAGGGAGCUGAUGAUGAGUCUGAGGAAGAGGAGGAGGAAGAGACAGACCUAGCCCAUCUGUGUGGACUGACCUCCCAGCACAGCUUUACCUCAGUGGACAUCAGCUUGCUGGAGGAGUUUCUCAUCAAACAGAUGAAGCUAAGAGAGUUUGAACUAAGUGAAUUGAAGGCUACUUUGGACAGAGAGAUGGAAAAGCAUGAAAAUCUAAACAAGCACUUGCAAGAGUUGCAGAGGCAGAAAAUUAAUCUAGAGACUGAACUGGAGAAUCUUAAAGUCUGUGGAGGAACUUUGGAGUCACAGAUGGACAGCUUGAAAAUGGUUCCCUUGUUCCAAUUUCACAUUCAAGUGAUUGACAGGGGCAAUGGUGUUCUCCAAAGGCAAAGUCUGGGUGUUGAUCCAUUGAGGAAGUGAUUCAGGAGUAGAUACAAAGAAGAUGAGCACCACAACAAAUGUGAAUGAUGGAAAAUGAGAUAGAUGUAAUAGGUGGGCUCUACUGUAUGCACUGGAAAGAAGCACUGCAAGAUGUUGUGCACCUUAAAAUGGAGACUUCGGAAAUGAGGUGUCUUGCAGCUUUGGGUAUUUUUUUCUGAUGUGGUUCAGUUGAAAAUGUGUCCUUUUUGAUUUGUACAUUUUGUUUUUAUUUUGGAAGAGCUCUUUUUUUAAAUUGUCUGCUCAUACAGGAAAGUACUAGGAACAAGGCAUACAGUUUAAAAUGAGCAAUAUUUAUACUGUAGUUGUAUAGGAAGGAAAUAUGACUGUCUUUAUAUAGACCCACCUUUUCUGUGUCUGGUUGGAGACCUUGUAUUAUUGAGAUACAAUUUGCACUUCAGCAACAGAAUUUGCGCGUCUUUUAGCAUGGGAAGCACCAUUAGCUGGUGUAAUGGUAGCUGGUUUAAUCAGCUUUAUAUUGUAGCUCCUUAUGCACUAUUUAGACAUUGAAUGUCAAAUUCAAAAUUGUUUAAUACUUUACUGUAUAACUCUAAAUUAUUGUUUCUUGUGAUUGGUAUCUGGAAAAGAUGAUUCAAUGAAAUUAUUGUCGAUUUAUGCACUAUAGUAUGUGUUUUGUUUCUCCAAAGAACAGAAAAUAUUACAAAUGCUUUAUGCAUGUGGUACAAAAUAUCUACUGUAAACAUUACCUGAACAUAAUUACAAUUAAUAUGUGAUACUUUGAUACAAAAAUAAAAAACAAGGAACAAAUAUUGCAUUGAACAUU